AAACAAAUUGGCCUACAUACUUCAGCCAAGCACCCGCCACCAGCAGCCAUCAACAACAUCAGCAGCCAUCAACAGCAUAAGCGGCAGCAACAACACCAGACACAAGAAGCCCCCAGGCAAAAAGGAGCAAAAUCAGAUACACAUAUACAUAAAUCAAGGAAAGUAAUCGAAGACAUCAUGGCAGCACGGAAGGCAUGCCCCCUGGCUCCAACGGCAGAGACAGACAACUGCCUACAAUGCCGGCUCUGCCACCGGUACCACGCAUUGCGGACGUGCCCGGCCUUCAAGGCGAUGAAGCCGCCGCAACGGUUGGGAGUAGCCCGCGCGCAAGGCUACUGCGUCAACUGCCUUGCGCUCACCCACACCACCGGGGAAUGCGACCCGCCGGGUAGUUGCAAGACCUGCGGGCUAGCGCACCACACGCUGCUGCAUGUGGCAGCCAACACGCAUGCGCGCACGGGGCCAAGGGAACAGGGGCCCAAGAAGAGGAAACCGGCCACAAAGGCCCCAAGGAGCGUCAAGCGGCGCGCACCGCCGAAGAAAAAGGCGCUGAAGAAGGCGUAG